AAGGUGUCAUCCUGAACUCACAGGUGGGGUAGCAGUUUGUAUUAUCCUCUCCCCACCCUCCCUCCCUCCCUCCCACCCACUCUCUCUACGUCUGACUCGUUCCGAGGGCGGAGACUGAAGGGGAAACAAAGGUUUAUGAUCGGGUCUGCGUGUUGUACCCAACAGGUUAACAAACAAGGCGACCGACAGCCGCCCCUCGCACAAGGAGAGGCGACGCCUCUACAAGACCCAAGUGGUGUGAACCAUGUCUGAGGAUGUCAUGAUGCCGUCAAUGAAUUUUCAAGUGGGGCCCACCAGUUUCAGAAUGAACAAUUUUGAAAAUGAGUUUCGAAAUGAAAUGUCGCGAAGCAGGAAUGGGCUGCCAUUACCAUUGCUCAACAGCGGUAGACCUUCAACAACCAACAGCUGCAAGUAUGCUGCAGACACGUCCUUCUACACCCGCAACAACCCUCACCCCAAACGGGUCUAUCACAUCAAAGGUCUGAACAAUGCCCUGGUGUGUAAAGUGGAUGAUGAUCGGGUCUGUGACCGACUCCCGGCCAGGACAGCAGCAUCUAAACAAGACCUCUCCAAAUACAAGAGGCCAAUCACGGCUAAUAUUCCCACCACACCUCCUUACCCGGCGCAUAUCAUCACAGGACUACCACUCGCCCCAUGUAAAGAUGAAUUGCAGCCAGACCUCAACUUAUUGUACUCCCAGGCCUGGAGGGAUGCACUGAAGGAUCUGACGGCCAGAGUUGAAUUCUUCGGGGAACCAGCGAAAGAGGACGAGAGGUGGGCCUCCCCGUACUCUGGAGAGAGGGUGAGUCAGUGUCAAUCACCAUCACGCCCAGUGUCACGUAGUUCCCCCCGACCGAGCUCCCGAGCUGGAAGCGGCGAGUAUGUGAGACCCGUCCUCUCAACGGCUGAACGUGAAAUCCUCGUCCUGGAGCUACUGUGCCAGAUUCUCCAGACCGAUUCGAUCCAAGCUGUACAGCAAUGGCUACUUGUAACAAGUCUUAAAGACAAAGAGGUGGUGUUGGAUACGAUUCGGAUGGCAGUGGCUAAUAUGAAGCUGGGCAAUCUGAAUGUGCCGGUUGGCACCAUGCCCAAGGAAGGUUCAUGUUCGCGGCAAGCAUCUGAAGAGCCAGAGGCGAUAUUCCGAGCACCGUCUGCUUGCGAGAGGCGUCGUGCAAGGUCGCAGCUGCAAAGAUUGGAGGCAAUCUUGGAGAAAGACAUAGAUAAAAACGAUUUGAAAGUACUGGAGACAACGAAGUCACCGUGUCCCUGCGCACGAGGCACGCCGCCCAAAGCUGCAAAGAAGCCAAAAGCACUUGGAACUAUGAGGAAAGUACUCAAUGUGCCUUCUUCACCUAUAAUGGAAGGGAAGUUAUGUCAUAGUAGAACUGAUUUAUAUAAAACUUAGAAGAAAAAGAACACACCACUUCAGUUGGUUGCAACAAAUAAGCUCACAGAGUUGUUAUCAGUAAAUUUUGUUUUUGAAGAUAAUGGAAACAUUGAUGUGGAUUAUGUCAUCCAACUUCCCAAAUCAAAAUACGGAUUGGUGCAAGCAUGUUCUGCCAUACUAUGGAAAUGCAGGAAUUUUAAAUACCUUAAGCAUCUUAAUUCUGAUGUUUAAAUAGCAAUGUAGUUACCAUCUGAUGUACUCGUAGCAAGACUGUGUCAUUAAAGAUGGCAUGCCUUGCUCACAGCUCCAGGAACACAAGCACUUAAUUAAUGUUAAAUGUAGACACAAGGAACUGCAGAAGCUGGUUUAUAAAAGAAAGGCAGAAAGUGCUGGAUUCUGCGGGCCAGGCAGCAUCUCUGGAGAACAUGGAGAAGUGAUCCUUCUUCAGCCUGAUUAGUGGGGUGAGAAAAUUGGAAGAGAGGAGGUGCAGGACAAAGCCUGGUGAGUGAUAGGUGGAUACAGGUGAGGAGGGGUUUCACCUAUCACUUGCCAGACUUUGUCCUGGCCCCUCCUCUUUUCCCCACCACCACAAUCAGUCUUAACAAGGGUGGGUGGUUCAAUCGUAAUCAUGUAUAGUCUUUCCGCUGACUGGUUAGCACACAACAGAGACAUUUCACUGUAUCUUGGUACAAGUGACGAUGAAGUAAACUAUACUAAACUAAAUGUCAUCUAUCCAUGUUCUCUAGAGAUGCUGCUUGACUCUCUGAGUUACUCCAGCACUUUGUGUCUUUUUUCACUUAACGUUAAAGUUUUCUUUCAAGGUAUUGCUAUUAGCAUCUAUUAUCUAUCCUUACAUGUUAUAAGAUAUCGAUCCCUAUACGUUGCAAGAUAUUGCUGGCAGCCAUCCUGACAAUCCAUUUGGGCAUUUCAUUGGAUAUUCACUCUCUAUGCUUUGGGUCAGGAGCCAGAUCUAAAACGGCAUCAGAUUUAUUUCCUUAAAGGCAAGAUGUUUCUUGGUAUUCCAAUCAGAUUAUCAUCAUAAUCAGCACAACUGAUAUAAACUUGUAACUCCAAUUGUUCACUGAAUUUCAAUCACCCAAUAACUGUUUUGGAAUUUGAAUCAGUGUCUUCGGAUUAUUAGUUUAAGGAUUUGGAUUUUCACUGAUUUAAUCACUAAACCUCAGUACUCCAGUUCAAAGUCCAUUAGCCCUAUAUGUUUUAAUACAUCUUAAGAAACCAAAAGGGAUUACAAUUCCUAUGUAUGGUUCUUGCUAAAAUACAUCUGGUGUUCCUUAACACAAUCUCUGUGGGAAAUAUCCCUUAGUGGGUGGCACCGUGGCACAGCUGGUAGAGCCGCUGCCUCACAGAGACCUGGGUUCGAUCCUGACCUCGGGUGCUGUCUGUGCAGAGUUUGCACAUUCUCCCCGUGACUGCGCGGUUUUCCUCCGGGUGCUCUGGUUUCCUCCCACAUUCCAAAGACUUGCGGGUUUGUAAGUUAAUUGGCCCUCUUUAAAUUGCCCCUAGUGUGUAGUAAGUGGAUGAGAAAGUGGGAUAACAUAGAACUAGUGUGAACGGGUGAUCAAUGGUCAGCAUGAACUUGGUGGACUGAAGGGCCUGUUUCCAUGCUGUAUCUCUAAACUAUAAACUAAACUAAUCACAUGACACCAACUGCAACAACUUCAGUGGACUUCCUACAUUCCUUAAGGUUCUGACUAAUUUCUCCUUUAUUAUUAAACUUAUUUUUUGUUCCUACUUAUUUGAACAUAUCAAUAUAAUAAACAAUUUGCCAGGAAUUACUUUGGAAGUCCUUGCUUUUGUCAACCUUCAGAAUAAUCUUAAAUAAUUUGUUCAUGUUAUUGAGAAUGGUACUGGUGAACCAGCAUUCAUUGACUAUCUCCACUUACUUGCUGGAUAAGAGUCCACAGUGGCACGUGGCACAGUUGUAGAGUUGUUACUAUACAGAGAGAGAGAGAGACCCAGGU